UUCCCCUGAUCGGGUUCAUGAUUGUCAACAUCAACAAACUAUCGGAGUUCACCGCCUCCACCUAUGUGUUGUUCUGCUUCUCGAUAAACUUGGUCAAAAUGUCUGGUCUGUAUUUUCGUGCACACCAAAUCGAAGCAGUUUUGAAAUCAAUUAACAGAAAUCCGCUACUUCAGGCUAAGAAUCCGAAACACCACGCAGUAACAGCGGCGGUACGUAUGGUAUCCAACCGCUUGCUAAUCCUCGGUUCGGUACUGGGUUUGUCGACUUUUUUAUUUUGGUCCAUAAGUCCGUUCCUGGAGAGCCGAAGGACUUUAGUUACCAACGCCUGGUACCCGUUUGAUCAUAGGCUUUCGCCUAAUUACGAGCUAACGAUGCUCCACCAAGACCUGGCUAUAGCUUACAACAUUUACUUGGUGGUGAAUACCGACCACUUUUCCUUCAACCUGAUGAUGGAACUCGGGAAACAGUGCGAAUUUCUCGGUUCCACGUUGGAAACUUUGGACGAGUACCGAUUUGAAAAUGGCGCGUUGUCGCACGAAGGUGGAAAAAAGCUUCGUGCAGACUCGCCGUGGUUUUUGAAUCGAAUGAGGUCGAAUUUGGUAGUUUGUAUUCAACACUAUGAAGAAGUUAAGAAGCUUGCUGCUGUAAUUGAAAGCUUUUACUCUUGGAGCCUCUUGGUGUUAUUCUUGGGUGGCACGAUUAUUCUCUGUACCCUCCUAUACCAAGCAACGAUAGUAAGUUCAACGAAUUCUCAAGAGCUUCUCGUAGCGCGUUCGUUGACAGGUCUCGGUAUCCAGCGCGCAGUUUUUCAUGCUCUGCUUCUUCCUGACGAGCAUGUUGACAGAGCAAUUCCUAUUUUGUUGGUUCGGCACCGAAAUCAGACACGGGGUAAAAAUAAUUUGCUUCUGCGACGUGUAUAUAGGCAUAACGAUUUCAGAGCGAGCAGAUAUUCAGGAAAGCUUACCAGAUUCCUAACUGGUACAGAUGCGACUUCAAAUUUCAAAAAGUGCUGCUGAUGUUAAUGAUCAGCUUGAAGUGUCCCAUCGUUUUGAAGGCUGGGCGAUUUACUCCCAUAUCCACGGCAGUCUUUGUUAACGUGCUACGAACAUCUUAUUCUUAUUUCACGCUGCUGCAGAAGCUUUGAA